AUGAAAUUCUCCUUUAUUUCAACUGCUUUAGUUUUCACCUUAGCCUCCGCUAACCCUCACUAUGGGCAAUGGAAGCCCGCAGGGCCAAAAGACUUUCGAGGCCCUUGCCCCAUGAUGAACACUCUCGCAAACCAUGGAUUUCUCCCUCAUGAUGGCAGAAACCUUACACGGCACAAUGUCGUUAAGGGACUAUCAGCAGCUCUGAACUUUAACGCCUCGCUUGCGAGUCUGAUGUUUGACAUGGCUAUCAUUGUUAAUCCAGAGCCUAAUGCUACAUUCUUCACCCUCGACCAACUCAACAAACACAAUCUCUUAGAACACGAUGCGAGCUUGAGCCGCACCGACGCCUACUUCGGAAACAACUAUGUCUUCAACGAUACAAUCUUCGAAGAAACAAAGAAAUACUGGACCGGUCCUAUCCUGGACGCCAAUAUGUUAGCCAACAGCAAGGUAGCACGCCAGAUUGAAUCCAAAGCAUUCAACCCUACGUAUACAUUCACUUCAACGAUGGAACAGUUUAGUCUCGGGGAGGUGGCGGCUCCUAUCAUUGCGUUCGGCGACAUGCAACACGGAAAGGUGAAUAGAAGUCUUGUGGAGUACUUUUUCAAAAACGAACGCUUCCCGACGGAGCUGGGAUGGAAGAGACGGGAGAAAAUUGUGGGCCAGUCGGAUAUUAUGGGGGUGACGCAGAUGAUUGCGAAUGCUACUAAUCUUAUCACGCCUGCUAAUAGGGCUCGGGCUGAGAGUCGGCGAGACUUGCAUUCUGGUCUUGGGAUUUAG